AUGGCGUCUUCCACAGUCUCGGGAUUCAAGUCCUCGCUGGCCCUGCUGGCGGUCCAGUUUUUGGGCUCGACCGUGGCUGAUGGAGUCUGCCAGGCUCCCCGGUCGCAGUGCACCCUGGAUAGCUUCAAUGCCACCGUCCAGGGCCGCGUGCAGCCCCUGACGCCUUUCUCCCUGCCAUGCUUUUCUGAGUACAACGGCAACGCUGUGACUCCGGAUGAUGCGGCCUGUGCUGCCGUCCAGGCUAACUACACUAGCCCCUGGAUGCGCACUAACAGUGUGAAUGGUUACAUGAACAACCAGGUGGAGAUGUGCUCGUCGGAUCCCGAAGAUCAGUGCUUGCUCGAUAGCAGCGACCCCACCGAUGGCCUGGCCUUUGAUAAUGCCAACUGCCGCCAGGGCAACAUGCCUUCCUACUACCUGGAGGUCAAGGAUGAGAACGACGCCAUCGAGGCCUUCAAGUACUCGAGCUGCUCCGGUCAGCGCCUGGUGAUCAAGAACACCGGCCACGACUACCUGACCCGCAGCAGCGGCAAGGACACUCUGGCGCUGUGGACUCGCAACCUCCGCGACCUGUCUUAUGACGAGGCGUUCAAGCCCGAGGGAUGCUCAACCAGCUACAAGGCGAUCACCGGCGGUGCUGGUGUCAACUUCGACGAGGCCUACAAAUUCGCCAAUGAGCACAAGGUGACCAUUCUGGGUGGUUACUCCUCCACCGUCGGUCUGUCCGGGGGCUGGGUGCAGAACGGCGGUCACUCGAUCCUGUCCCCCGUGUAUGGUCUCGGCGUUGAUCGUGUGCUGCAGUUCAAGGUGGUGACUCCCGACGGAGAGUACCGCGUCGCCAACGAGUGCCAGAACACAGAUCUCUUCUGGGCUCUGCGUGGUGGCGGUGGAGGUACCUUCGGCGUGGUGAUGGAGACCACCCACGAGGUCGAGCCCGCGAUCAGCUUCGUGUCUGCCAACAUCAAGUUUCCCAAGACGGACAGCAAUGUCCUGCCCUUCAUGGACAUCGUUGUCAACAACACCCUCAAGUGGGCCAAGGAGGGGUGGGGUGGCCACAUCACCGGAAACACCCUCGUUAACGUCUCUCCCCUGCUCUCCAUCGACGAAGCCAAGGAAUCCCUCGCCGAGGUGAUCUCCUACGCGAAGGCCCAGGGCGGUUCCGCCACCAUCGAGGAGUUCUCGACAUGGUACGACUUCUACGACAAGUACGUGACCUCCAGCUCCGUCAGCGUCGGCGUCACCCAUUUCGCCGGCAGCCGUCUGAUCCCCCAGAACGUCUUCGAGACCGCCGAGGGUCGCCAGAACCUGAUGGACUUCUUCUCUCUCAUUCUCGACGUCGGCCAGUCCCCCUACAUCCCUGUGGUCGGCCCCGUCCUGUACAACUACACCGAGGGCUCCACCAGCGCUACUCCCGCCUGGCGCUCCGCCGUCUGGGAGCUGGGUUCCGGCGCCGCCUGGGCCUGGAACAGCACGCUCGAGACCCGCGAGCAGAAGAUCUCCAGCAUCCAGAACAUGACAGCUACUCUAGAGCGCAUCACCCCGGGCAGCGGCGCCUACAGCAACGAGGCCAACCCCUUCACCGAGGACUGGCAGGAGGCCUGGUGGGGAGACAACUACGACAAGCUCGCCGAGAUCAAGUCCAAGUACGAUCCCAAGGGUCUGCUCAACUGCUGGAAAUGUAUUGGCUGGAAGGAGGAGGAUGCUAAGAACUCUUGCUUCUCGGCUUUUGUUUGAGAUCGUGCAUGAAUUGAUACCCGUAUACUUGCAUGCAUUCGAUGGUAUUCAGCCCUCGUGGUUGGUGUAUAUACAAAUCCUAGGCAAGUCCGUCUUUAUACUGGGACUUGUGGAUAGAUUAGAUACCGAUAAUAAUGUCCCGGCUAUGUGAAACCUG